AUGAAAUUCUUUGCUGUAUUUGCGGCUUUGAUUGCGGUGGCCUGCGCUGGCAAAACCUGGACGUUGCAGGACCUGUCAAAACACAUAGACGACCCAUACACAGACCCUACAUUAAAGUUAUAUUUGACUGAAGCCUUGGACCACAUGGUGGAGAAUCUUUAUAAUGGAAAUCAAAUUGAGUAUGUGACCGUGGAAAUUCCUGCUUCAAGCAGCGUCAGCAUGACCCUUAAUCAGCUGUCGGAAAUUCUCCAGAGCCCCUACAAAGAUGAAGCUCUCCGGCCUUACUAUGAAGCCACUCUGGACAAGAUUAUGCAAGAUUUAUAUUCCGGCAAACCCGAAGCAGUGGCUAACGUAGUGUUACCUGCAAUGGAAAUUUACCAUUACUCACUGAACGAGCUGUCUGAAGCUACCCAAGACCCCUCUACCAGCGCAGAGUAUCAACCUUAUCUGGAUAAUGCCUUGGACAAGUUUAUGGACAUCUUGUAUGCUGGUGAACAGAUGGAGUCCAUGGCCAUCGCUUUGCCAGUUGCAAGCAGUGAAACAAGUGCACCAAAUCCUAUUGUUCCCGCUGGCCCUCUUGUCCAGAUUAUCGUCAACGUUAAGCAGCAGGCUUGA